AUGAAGAUUGAUAUCAUCGAUUCCUUGGUGGAAGAGAUACAUACAGUUGAGAGCCAAGAGGAAGAGCUGAAUGAUACCCUUGAGGAUGCCAACCUUGAUAGGGAGGCAUCAGAAGAGCUGAAGGAGGCUUUAAAAGCCCCUAAAGUGGAAGAUGAACCUCCCAAACUCGAGCUCAAGUCACUACCAUUAUCCUUGAAAUAUGUGUUUCUAGGAGAUGGCAUUGUUCUUGGACACCGGAUUUCAAACAAAGGGAUAGAGGUCGAUCGGGCCAAGGUGGAGGUAAUUGAACGAUUACCACCACCUAUUAAUGUCAAAGCAAUCAGAAGUUUCCUAGGAUAUGCAGGGUUCUAUAGGAGGCUUAUUAAAGAUUUCUCCCAAAUCGCAAAACCCGUGUGCAAUAUUUUAGCCAUUGACACUCCUUUUGUUUUUAACAAAGAGUGCAGGGAUGCCUUCAAAACUCUGAAAGUAAAGCUUGUCUUUGCACCUGUCAUUUUUGCACCCAACUGGAACAUUCCAUUCGAACUAAUGUGUGAUGCCAGUGAUCAUACAAUUGGUGUAGUCCUGGGAUAG